AUGGCGACUACAUCCCCUACCGGAACGCUGGUCGAGGGCUCCGAGACCAGCACGGCGGCCCCAGUCUCUCCGGUAUCCGAAACGUCGGUCAUGACACUGCCUGGGCCCAAGACGGACAUGUGGAUCGUUCCCAUACCGAAGCGCUUGCAGUACGACCCCGAAAAGCCCUUUUACUUUGGCUUGUUCUUGAACGUGUUCUUCGGUGUCGCUAGCACGCUAGUCGUCGCGAAUCUGUACUAUUGCCAGCCGUUGUUGAUCGAGAUAUCCCACUCGUUUCAUGUGACGUAUGAUGAAGUGUCGAGGAUACCGACGCUGGUUCAGGCCGGCUACGGCAUUGGUCUUCUGCUCAUCUCGCCGCUCGGCGACAUGGUCCGCCGGCGGCAGCUCAUCCUCGGGCUCAUCGUCCUCUCCGCCGUGCUGAGCAUCCCGCUCGCCGUGACGUCGAGCCUGCGCGUCUUCGAGGUCAUCUCCUUCCUCAUGGGCAUGGCGACCGUCUCGCCGCAGAUCAUGAUCCCGCUCGCGGCGGACCUCGCCCCGCCCUCGCGGCGCGCGUCCGCCAUCUCGAUCGUCAUCUCCGGCUUCCUGCUCGGCAUCCUCACCGCGCGCGUGCUCGCGGGCAUCGUCGGGAACUACACGUCCUGGCGGAUCGUGUACUGGAUGUCCGCGGGCGUGCAGGGCUUCGUGGUGCUCGCCAUGUACUGUGUGCUGCCGGACUAUCCGGUGAAGAACAAGGGGCUGUCGUAUUUUGGGAUGUACAGGAGCAUGGCGAAGUUUGUGGUCACGGAGCCGGUGGUGCCGCAGAUUAUGCUGAUCAAUUUUGCGGCGAGCGCGUGUUAUACGAACUUUUGGGUGACGUUGACGUUCUUGCUGGGCGGGGCGCCGUACUUUUACUCGACCAUCAUCAUCGGACUCUUCGGUCUGCUGGGUGCUCUCGGUGUCGUCGUCGUGCCUUUCAUGGGCCGGCUGAUCGACAGGAUCGUGCCCUGGUAUGCGACACUGAUCUCGACGAUAUUCCUGCUGGUCUUCCAGGCUGUGCAGACGGGCGCUGGUGGGAUCAGCAUCGCGGCUGUCAUUAUCGCGUGCUUUGGGCUGGACGUGUUUCGCCAGACGCAGCAGAUAUCACUCGCCACGAGGAUGUUUUCUGUGAACGAGAACGCCCGUGCACGGUUGAACGCACUUCUCAUUCUAUCGGUCUUCCUAGGCCAAAUCAUGGGCACCGCCGCCGGCACCGAGGUCUUCGUCGGCUACGGCUGGCGCGCGGACUCGCUGCUGAGCAUGGGCUGGUACGUGUGGCAGUUCCUGAUCCUCGUCAUGCGCGGACCGCACACGCCAUCAUGCCGGUGGUUCGGCUACGAGGGCGGCUUCCGGUUCCGGCGCGAUCCCAUGCUCGAUUCGAGUCGCCGGCUCGAGGAGGCGGAGGGGGAGUUGUCGGGGACGUCGACGCAUGCGGAGGAGAAGGCGGAGGAGAAGGUGGAAGAGAAAGGGACGUCGGCGGAGGGGCGCGGAUCGGAGGAGACGGCGAAGGCCAAGGUGGAGGAGGAGAAGGUCGAGAAGGAAGGAUUGGACGCUGUCGAAGAGCCCAAGGCUCUCCCAAAAGAAACUCAAGCCUGAGCGAAGGCUGAGGUUCACGUUUGUCGCUCUGGAAGCGGACAGAUUAUAUGAGACAGACUCUGUUUCACGAACACCAACUUCAUAGAUGAGAUCUUUAUGUAAGAUCUCUAUGUAUCCAUGCGUUUCAUCUACUUUCUACACAACCAUAGACUCAAU